UUUUGGUGUUUGCAGUGAGUAAGGAUGAAGCUGGCUCACAGAAAGAGUGAUAUGGAGCGUUUGGGUGUGUUUAUGGAGAUGAGCUACAUCUCUGCAGGAGACAAGUACACUUCAACAGCUCCUUUAAAUGAUCCCACAGCUGACAGCAUGGAGGUAACAGACAACUACAGGAACCUGCUGGAAAAAGGAGUGCAUGUACGUGAUGCUUCCAUUUUUAAUCCAAGUCCAUUCAAUGGGUCAGCAUAUCGAAGCCGCCAGAUGCAGACGGGUGUCACUAAACAGCCGUGUGCUCUGCAAAGUGGCUUUUUCAACAAGUCCUUUAAAAGGAUUGAGAAAGAAGCGCUGAGUGAACCUCUGAGACUGGCUCGGAGGAACCGGAUGCAGCAGGUGAAGAAGAACCUAGGCAAAGCCUUCCUGCCCUGCAGCGGGACCAAGAAGCUCUCUGGUUCUGGGAGUUACUAUGGCACCGUUGGACCAAUAGAAGCCACAAGUCCUCUGACAGUUCCCAAGAAAGCUCAGCGCUCACCUGGCCGCAGCAUUCUCAUCUCACCGCCCAAGAAAGGCAGUGGUUACAGUUAUCCUAAUGUCACUCUGUCCAAAAUGGACCUGUACGUUUCUGACCCAUACGUCAGAGCCAAAGAAGCCCAUAAGAGAGAGGGAGCAAUCCAUCAUUCCAAACUAAGAGAUGGGCCCUUCAGAAUAAAUCUUCACCCACAGGAUUAUUUCCAAGUCAAUCCAUAUCGCAACCACAAGGCUCUCCCACCUGCUCAAAAGCCUCCCCAGCCCCAAAAGAACGUAUCCACAGUUCCCUUCAUACCCCGCACCCCCAGCAAACGGGUGAAUCAUUACAUUGGAGGAAUGAAAGCUGAAACAUUUGAUAUAUAUCCGUCACAUUCUGCUGAUACAUACGUCAUCCACCGCUCUAAACCAGUCAAUCAACAGCCAGUGUUUCGUCCUGCUCCUGGUCCCAAGAGCACACCAGUCAAAAACAUCAUCUCUGUUAAUGUUGACAGGUUAGCUCCAUAAAUCUGCUUCAGUUUACAUGGAGGGCAUUUAGCUGACACCUUAGUCUACUGGAAAGAUUACAACAUUUAGACUGCCUACUGGAGGACUUUUGCAUUAAAUGUUCAGUUAUUGAGAGAAUCAUUUUAACAGUGCUUUCAUGUCAUCGGACAAUGUCGUACAAACAAAA